GGAAAGUUCAUAGCUUUUUGCAUAAACAAAGGCAACUCCGGUGGUGGAAAGGAGACGGGGAGUGGCUCCACCUCCGCGCACUAGCAUUUUUCCCCCCCCAUUGUGGCGGCGGCGGCGAGGGCGAGGGGAACAGGUUGGCGGUGAGCUUUUUUCUUUUGGCUUUUGGAGGGUUUGCGGAAUGCAAGGAGGUGCAGGGAAUCACUCGGCUCCGCAGGCUGCGUCGUUUGAUAAGACGAGGGUAUUGGAUGUGAAGCCUCUGCGGGUUCUGAAACCCUUGUUCACCGCUUCCGGUGAAAACCCUCCCUCUUUCCCCAUCCCUCCUGGCGGCCCGGCCCCUCCUGGGACAUUGCCAUUUUACCCGUUUGGUGUUCCGCGAGAAUAUCAGACCUCGCAUUCAGACGCCCAAAGGGAAGCUCCAGUUGCUCCGGCUCCACUAAGGUCAUUCAGGACUCCCGGACAAGGGAAAAAUGUUGAGGCGUCCAGAGAAGACAGGGCUGGUGAUGGUCGAAAUUAUGACAAUUCCGAUCUGCGCCCUUCAAGACCUUCCCGGAAGAUGGGGAAGAGGAGCAAAGAGUCGGAGUUUUGGGUAGCAGACGGUGAAGAUAGUGGGGGGCCUGAUUAUGCGGUUCCUAUCAAUUCCAUCCAACGCGAGGAUGGCGACAGGAAUGUGGUUGAUUACGUGCUCGUGACAUUUGAUGGGAUUCGGAGGAGGCUUAGCCAAUUAGAAGACUCAAAUGAAGGGCAGACUGGAGGGAUCAAGCGUGCUGAUCUGAAAGCCGGGAAUAUAUUGAUGAGCAAAGGGUUUAGGACGAAUAUGAGGAGGAGGACUGGAGCCAUCCCUGGUGUUGAAGUCGGUGACAUUUUCUUUUUCCGCAUGGAAAUGUGUGUAGUGGGACUACAUGCUCCGUCAAUGGCUGGGAUUGAUUACUUGAAUGUAAAAGGUGAUCAUCAAGAAGAAUCGGUUGCAUUAAGCAUUGUUUCCUCUGGGUCCUACGAAGAUGAUGCAGGGGAUAAGGAUGUUUUGAUUUAUAGUGGGCAGGGUGGGGUAUCUGCCAAGAAAGAUAAGGAAGCUUCUGAUCAGAAGCUUGAGAGGGGUAAUCUUGCUCUUGAGAGAAGUUUGCGUCGUGCGAAUGAGGUUAGAGUCAUUCGCGGUAUGAAAGACAUUACGAGUCCCAAUAGCAAGGUGUAUGUAUAUGAUGGGCUUUACAGAGUACAAGAGUCGUGGAUGGACAAGGGUAAAUCUGGUGCUAACAUUUUCAAAUACAAGUUGAUGAGGAUUCCUGGGCAACCAGAUGCAUUUGCUGUUUGGAAAUCGAUUGAAAGGUGUAAGGAAGUUAUGUCCACUCGCCCCGGACUGAUACUUUCUGAUUUGACUUCUGGGUCCGAGCACGUACCCGUUUCACUUGUGAAUGAAGUUGACAAUGAGAGAGGACCUGCUUAUUUUAAUUACUUCUAUGACCUAAGAUACAUCAAACCUUAUAACUUAUCCAAUACUUCUCAUGGUUGCAACUGCAGUGAUGCAUGUAAACCUGGUGAUCUCAACUGCUCCUGCAUUCAGAAAAAUGGGGGUGACUUUCCAUUUACUGGAACUGGGGUUCUCGUGAGUCGGAAGCCACUUGUACAUGAAUGUGGUCCAUCUUGCCGAUGCUCUCCGAACUGCAAAAACCGAGUCUCACAAAGUGGUCUGAAACUCCACCUAGAGGUGUUCAAGACAAAGGAUCGGGGCUGGGGCCUCCGAUCCUGGGAUCCUAUUCGAGCCGGUAGUUUUAUAUGUCACUAUGCAGGUGAUGUCAUAGACGGAUCUAGACUGAAGCAUAAAUUAGAGCAAGGUGAAGGUGAUGAACAUGUUUUCGACACAAGCCGUGUUUACGAGUUAUUCAAGUGGAAUUAUGAAUCUGGAUUAUUGGGAGAGCAUUCAAAUGACUCUUCUGAGGAAUACAGUAUUCCACACCCCCUGAUUAUUACAGCGAAGAACUUUGGAAAUGUGGCCCGAUUUAUGAACCAUAGUUGCAAUCCAAAUGUCUUCUGGCAACCAGUCUUUUAUCAGCAGAAUAAAGAGUGCUAUAUCCGUAUUGCCUUUUACGCGAAAAGGCACAUUCCUCCAAUGACAGAGUUAACUUAUGACUAUGGGAUUCUGCCUGAUGAUCGUGAUAUUUACAUCACAAGGUAUAGGAAGAAGAAAUGCUUGUGUGGAACUUCAAAGUGCCGGGGUUAUUUUGGCUUGUAGUGUGAUGUGCAAGGUGGGAGGGAAGCAUAGGGGUAGCAAAUCAUGGACUUAGAAGGGUUCUCCUUCUGGUGCGGGACCUUGGAAAGUCCGAAUGUUUCAAUUACCUGGGCAAUGGCAAGCUGUUGUGGUCAUCUAAAUCCAAGGCCAGGUCAGAUGUGGAAGCAGCUUCAGUGCCUGGUCUGUUGCUCUUUCCAGCUGUGGAUAUCAGUAAAUAAGUAGAUCCAGCAUAUUAGUGGAACUUGAUUAGUUGGCACCUUCAGUUUUAGGAUCAUUAAUGCUCAUUUGCUUAUCAAAUUUCCUUUUCCCUCCUUUUAGGGAACACAUUCACAAUAUGUCAAAUUAGUUUACUUGCUUUCGCUUUGUUCUUUAUUAUGGUUGGAUUAAAAAACUUCCUCAGAUUAAUCCAGGUGAUUAUGUAUUAGUCUUACCCUCUUGAAUAGCAUCAAAUUUUGUUCCGAGAAA